CACUUGAGCAAAAGAGCGUCCCUCCUCAACGGCAGUGGGACCUGUCAUGAACCUCAAACUCAUUACCCUUGUGACACUUUGCAUCGCGGCCGGGAUGGCGCUUCGCGUGACCCAACCAUACCGGCUGGUGGCCAGUGAUGGGGAGCUCCGGCUCCACUGCUCCUACAAUCCGCAGAUCCAGCCACAGGAGUUGGUAGUCGCUCUGUACCGUGGCAUGCAUGGGAACCAGAGGGUGUGCAUAAUUGGCCUCAACCUCACCCACUCCAAGCCCGGGUUCCAGACAGAGGGUCCCAUUCGCUGCAAGGCAGAGCACAGCCUGGCCGGUGUGGAUCUUGUUGUCUCCGGCCUGAGGGGGUUAGACACAGACCUGUAUCGCUGCACACUGGAGGUCCUGUACCCACCCCCUUACCGCAUAGGAACUGGCAAUGGAACCCUUUUCCACAUCCCAGAGAAAACUGCUUGUCCAAAACCAGCACCUCAAAAACAGGACUCCUCUGAGAGCAUCAGUCAGCUUCUACCUGUGCUGGUGCCUGCAGUGAUCAUCAGUUCAGUGGUCUUUGUCAUCAUCAUCAUCAUACUCACCAUCAAGGCUCUCCUCAAACAGAAGCGACGGGGCUACCCUGGAAUUGCUGCUGUGACCGCAAGAAGGGUGGACUGCAGAUUUGGUUAUGAGAACUUCCUGUGAAGUUCUUCAUCAAUAAGCUUGCUUAAUUAACAAAAAAAAAAAAAAAAAAA